AUCCUGCUGGAUUCGACGUGCUUCCUCCAAUCGACCAAUCCUCGUCCCUUCCCGUGGUUUCGUGUUCCUCCGUUCAACUCCAUGAUUGGUCCGAGCAAGAAAAGCCUCUCUUUUUCCUUAGGCCCUUCCAUUUCAGAGCCAGUCGCCACCUGAGCCGAGCUCUGAUUCUUCCAUUUCUCUCUGCCGGGUGCAUCAAUCUGCUUUCUGGGUCUGAAAGAUUGAUGUAGCAAAGAUUUGGGUUUUGUUCCUGUUUCAGUGACCGAGGGAAUCAUCUACCAGAUUCGGUUUCUUGAUGGGAAGCAGUAAUCGUGAACCCGUGCCUGCGCGGGGAUUCGGUAGCCUCGUGCAGAUACCGGAUAAGAUUCAGAACUCUCUCAAGGUGCAUUUUGGGCGUUUCUUGAAGAAGAAUGGCUUUGGUGGUGGUUCAGAGGCCGAAAUGCUGCCGAUGCAAAUGCAGGGAACUUGUACUACUGUUGCUCCUGAGGUUAGGUUGGACAAGCAGCUCCAAGCUUGGAAGAACAAUCCUAUUUGGUCUGAUGAACCUCCAGAAAUCAAGGUGACUGUGCCACAAGGCUCUCUUUGCAACCUGAAUCUGAAAUUUAAGGCAGGAUUACCUCCAGACGCAGUUUACAACAUUAUAAUUGAUCCAGAGAACAAAAGAGUUUUCAAAAACAUCAAGGAAGUAAUAUCACGGAAAGUCGUGCUUGAUGAAGGACAAAGGCAAAUAGUUGAAGUGGAGCAGGCAGCAAUAUGGAGAUUUCUCUGGUGGUCUGGUGUCUUGUCAGUUCAUGUUUUUGUCGACCAGAACAGAACAAAUCACACUGUAAAGUUCAAGCAAGGAAGAACAGGUUUUAUGAAGAAAUUUGAAGGUUGCUGGAAAAUAGAGCCUCUAUUUGUUGACAAGGAAGCAUGCCAUCCUUUAGACCCAUGCACAUUAGAAAAGUAUGAUUCCUGCACCAAUGGCACAGGAAGAGUUGGAUCUUCAAUUACCUUGGAUCAGCUUAUUGAACCUGCUAUGGUACCCCCGCCUCCGUUUUCAUGGUAUCUGAGAGGGAUUACCACGAGGACAACUGAGAUGCUGGUCAAUGAUCUGAUAGCGGAAACUGCUCGGCUGCGAGGUUUGGCAAAUAAUGCUAUUGACAAGCAAUAUGUUGAGGGAAAGUGUGAUACUAGUAGAGAUCAUCUAACAGAAGAGUGCAAUGAUAUUAAGGAAAGAUGGCGUCAGAGAAGAAAAACAGGACGGCAUGGAAACUCCCUUAGAUUAACUGCUCAAGGAUAAACUAGGCAUUUUCGCUUCUGGACAGGAUGCAUUUUAGGGCCAAUUUACCUGUACUCCAAUGGUAGGUGGUUUUCAUUGUAGAAUUUGAUGAAUUGCAGGGUAUUCAUAUUGAUAUUUUGUAGAUGGCUAAUAACAUCAUGUGACUAGUUUGUGGACUGUUUCACACGACUCUUUCGUACAGUAAUAAUGUAAAAUGGAUGUUCAGCUGUGUACAAUUGAUGAGGUGAAUAAUUGCCCAGUUAAAAUGUCUGCUACUGAA